UCCCUGGACCGAAGAAAAAUAUCUGUCCUUCCCGCAAACUCCUCGUCUUCGUCUUCGUCUUCUUCUCCUGCUCGAACGAUAUUGGAUUUGAUGAAUCGUACCCCCGUCGAUGACUGAAUCCUGAUUCCGUGGCCGGUAGGUGAUGAUCCGACCAUCCCGAUAACAGCAACAGCUGCCAUGGCGAUCCCGAAGAUCUCCAGUCUCCACCGCCCUUCGCUGAACAGCUCCGUCCACCUGGAGAUCCGCCUCUUCUACGUCCGGCUCUCCCCCACCCGCGCUGAUGCCGUCCCCGACCACCUCAUUCUCCGCCACCUCCACCGCGACCUCGGCGUCUCCCUCGAGGUCAACGGCUCUCGCGUCCCCGAGCUCAGCCCCGCGACCCUGACCCUAAAGCGCGAUCGCGUCGACAAGGAGACCCUGGAGGUCACCUACGUCAGCACCGAUAGCGUUAGGAUCACCGGCGGUGUCGAAUUCGAGGUGUUAGAGGGCGAGGACGUGAUUCUGUGCGGGUCGUUGGAGCGAGUGGACGACGAUUGGACGAACGGGAGCUUGCGGCUGGAGGGCGACUCGCAUACGGCUGGGUGGUCUAUGGACUGUUACGUGGCGAAUUUAGGGGUAUCUUCAAGGUCCGUGGAGGUGUAUAUCGCUGGGUGUUGCUCGGGCGUGCCAGUGAUAUUGACGAAGACGAUACAGAAUAGUCCGAGAAGGAAAACCCCGAAGCACGGGGCUUUGGACGCCAUACCCGAGGAUGAGGAGAUUGGGAAGGAGCUGAAGAUUGGUAAUGGAUUUGUUAGGCGGCGAAGCCUGCAGUUGACAGAAGCAGAGAGUGACGAGAAUGACUCAGAUGGAAAACUGGGUUAUCGUUUCUACUCUUCAGACAUGUACAGUGGCGAAGAUGGUGAACUCUCAUGGUUCAAUGCUGGUGUAAGGGUUGGUGUUGGGAUUGGCCUCGGAAUGUGUCUUGGGAUUGGUAUUGGUGUUGGGCUGCUCAUGCGCUCGUAUCAAGCCACUACAAGGAACUUCAGGAGGAGCCACCGGCAGCUCGGAUUCUCUGCCAUGGCUCGAUCCUCCGCGGCAAUGCCUCAGCGCAGCAACCCUGCUCCCCCCGUCCCCUUGGUCGUCACCCUCAACUGCAUCGAGGACUGCUCCCUCGAGCAGGAGUCCCUCGCCGGUGUCGCCUCCGUCGAGCACGUCCCUCUCAGCCGCCUGGCAUCCUCCGACAAGACGAUCGAGUCCGCCUCCGCCGUGCUCCUCCACUCCCUCGCCUACCUCCCCCGCGCAGCCCAGCGCCGCCUCCGCCCCUUCCAGCUCGUCCUCUGCCUCGGCUCCUCCGACCGAGACGUCGACUCCGCCCUCGCGGCCGACCUCGGCCUCCGCCUCGUCCACGUGGACACCUCCCGAGCUGAGGAGAUCGCUGAUUCCGUAAUGGCUCUCAUCCUAGGGCUUCUUAGGCGCACUCAUCUGCUCUCGCGGCAGACUCUCUCAGCUUCCGGCUGGCUUGGCUCUGUUCAGCCGCUGUGUCGGGGAAUGCGGAGAUGCCGGGGUCUGGUUCUAGGGAUUAUUGGUAGAUCUGCUUCCGCGAGGUCACUAGCCACCCGGAGUUUGGCAUUCAAGAUGAGCGUGCUUUACUUCGAUGUGCUUGAUGGAAAUGGAAAAGUAACCAGGUCUUCUAUAUCUUUUCCUGCCACUGCCCGAAGAAUGGAGACUCUCAAUGAUCUACUUGCUGCAAGUGACAUCAUUUCACUUCACUGUGCUCUAACAAAUGAAACGGUUCAAAUUCUUAAUGCAGAUUGUUUGCAGCAUGUGAAGCCUGGGGCAUUUCUUGUGAAUACGGGAAGCAGUCAGUUGGUGGAUGAUUGUGCUGUGAAGCAGCUUCUCAUUGAUGGCACCUUAGCAGGAUGUGCUUUGGAUGGUGCUGAAGGGCCACAAUGGAUGGAAGCAUGGGUAAGGGAGAUGCCCAAUGUGUUGAUACUUCCACGCAGUGCAGAUUACAGUGAAGAGGUAUGGAUGGAAAUAAGGGAAAAGGCUAUCUCAAUUCUUCAGACAUACUUCGUUGAUGGUAUAGUUCCGAAAGAUGCUAUCUCUGAGGAGGAAGCGGAGGAAAGUGAAAUAUUGCAUGAAAAUGCUCUGUUAUAUAAGCAAGAGAAGGAUAGUGCUCCCCAGAUGUCUGUGGAACGGCAGCUGGCUGAUGAUUUUCAGCUGACUCCUGAAAGCUCCCAAAAAGCUGGUGCUGGACUACCAAAAGAGUCUCCUGGUCAGGUGGAGAAUUCAGGUUUGUCUCAGAAUACUACUGGGCGAUCUGAAGUAAGACGCAGCAGGUCAGGUAAGAAGGCAAAGAAGAGGCAUGGUCACCAAAAGUCACGAGAAAAAUCUGAUGACCCUCGUGCGUUGGAUAAGGAAAGUACGUCUAAUCGGGAAGAUGACACUGCUAUGAGUGGGACAGAGCAAGUAAGUUCUAGUUCUCGUUUUGCUUCCCCUGAGGACUCGAGGAGUAGGAAGUUACCUGCUGAUUCAAUGCAAGAUUUGGCUAUCAUUCAGCCUCAAAAGUCAAGCAAGAAUCUAGUUGGAAGUCCUAGUGAACUGCUGAAAGAUGGGCAUGUCAUUGCUCUUUAUGCGAAAGAUCGUCCUGCACUCCAUGUUGCUAGACAAAGGGUUAAAGGAGGUGGCUGGUUCCUAGAUACCGUUUCUAAUGUAACAAAGAGGGAUCCUGCAGCACAAUUUCUUGUUGCCUCAAGGAGCAAGGACACAAUUGGUUUGCGAUCUUUUGCUGCUGGUGGAAAGUUGUUACAGAUAAAUAGAAGAACGGAGUUUGUUUUUGCCAGUCAUAGCUUUGAUGUUUGGGAGAGUUGGAUGCUGGAAGGUUCUUUUGAGGAAUGUAGGCUUAUCAACUGUCGAAAUACCCUUGCCGUGCUGGAAGUGCGGAUUGAAAUUCUGGCAGCCGUUGGAGAUGAUGACGGGAUCACUCGGUGGCUGGAUUAGUUGGGGUUAACAAGAGGCCAUUAUUCCCAAAGAACCUUUAUGUUUCCUUCCUCGUGGUCGCAUAACUUCGAGAUUGAUUUGUAAAGCAUUUUUCCUCUCUAAUUUGCUCUCUUCUUCCCCCUGCUUUAUAAGGUAUGAUACUGUAAGAACUUAAGUUGAGGGCUUUCAGUUUUAUGGGAUUUGUGUGCAAGGGAGGAGUUGCGGCUUCUCCCCUCCCCUUACCCCGGUUUUGUUUUGACCGAAUUUUACUUUUUGUUGGUUCGAAUACUUAAGAUUCUUCUGCAAUUCAGAAGACCGAAGAUCACGUUCCUUGCUUCUCGAAA